AUGAUUAAGAGAUCUUUUUCUGUUCUCAAGUCAUUAUAUACAAAACAUUGUAGUUUUCAUCCUGAUGGUUGUGUGUUGCUGCCAGAAGACCUUCAUUUCGUACUUAAUGAUACACUUUAUCGUCAUUGGGCUUUACUAUGCGCUUCAGAUGACGAUAUUGAUGAAACUGAUUUGCCUGUCGCGGAAGAAUUAGAUGAAUUUUCCAAGAGCAUUUGUCUAUUGAAAUGA